GUCAUAAAGAGAGUCUCACAGGCAGUGACGUUGAAAGGGUUUUAGCCACCAAGUAUGUUGUAGAAAUCUCUAUAAAAUCUCUGAAAGCAGCAUUCAUCUGAAUUCUGAUCAUAAUAUUCCUCUUUUUUACUUCAGAUCAUCACACACUGACUCCCUAAGUUAAGGUGCAACAAUUUGAAGAUGGCCGAGGGGGAAGUUGCUGCAUAUAAUUCUGAGUUGUUAGAAUUCCCAAAGAAAGAUAAGCGAAGACUUUUGCAUGUUGUGUACCGUGUUGGGGAUCUUGAUCGUACCAUUCAGUUCUACACAGAAUGUUUUGGAAUGAAGCUGCUAAGGAAACGUGAUGUUCCCGAGGAGAAAUAUUCUAACGCAUUUCUUGGGUUUGGCCCAGAGGAGUCGCAGUUUGUUGUAGAGUUAACAUACAACUAUGGGGUGGACCAAUAUGAUAUUGGGACAGGGUUUGGACAUUUUGCGAUUGCUACACCAGAUGUUUACAAAAUGGUUGAAGACAUCCGAGCCAAGGGUGGUAUCGUCACUAGAGAACCUGGCCCAGUGAAAGGAGGAUCAACUGUGAUUGCUUUCGUGAAGGAUCCUACUGGCUACCUGUUUGAGAUAAUCCAGAGAGCUUCAACUCCUGAACCACUAUGCCAAGUUAUGCUUCGUGUUGGUGAUUUGGAGCGCUCUAUCAAGUUCUAUGAAAAGGCUUUGGGAAUGAAGGUAGUAAAGAAAACUGAUAGACCUGAACAAAAGUAUACCAUAGCUAUGAUGGGCUAUGCCCCCGAAGAGGAGACAACUGUGCUGGAGUUGACUUACAAUUAUGGUGUCACUGAGUAUACAAAAGGAAAUGCCUAUGCGCAGGUUGCCAUUGGUACUGAUGAUGUCUACAAAAGUGCUGAGGUAGUCAAAUUGGUUAAUGAAGAGCUUGGAGGAAAGAUUACUCGACAACCUGGUCCUAUUCCUGGACUCAACACGAAGAUAGUCUCUUUUCUGGACCCUGAUGGCUGGAAAACUGUUCUGGUGGACAAUGAAGAUUUUCUCAAGGAGUUGAAAUGACUGAUAUCAAGUUCCAAGUAGUUACGUCUAUGGAUGACUGGCUUGUAUAAAUAAAUGUAUCAUCGUUUGAGCUAAUCUCUUAUCUUCAAGUCUGAGAUUGAGUAGUCAACCUUGGCUGUUUCCUGUCAUUUGCAAAUAACUUGAGGUUAAGUAUCAUAUUUUCGCAACUACAAUUAUUGCCAAAUUAUAAUGUUCUAUUUGUGCC